AUCACAAGCAGCAAAGUGUCUGCAAUUUUUUUUUCUUUCAUUUUUCAAUAUUUAUUAAUUUUAAAAAGUUUAAAAAAUGUUGAAAUUAAGGCAUUCAGCAACAAGUUUAACCAUUAGAUAUGUUCGUCAACUACACAUGGCUGAAGCGAAUGUCUUGCAGACGAAAAUUGAUAAAAAUUCAGCUGAAUAUCAGGAAAAUUUCAAUUCCCUUAAAGCAAUGGUCAACAAUUUAGAGAUAAUCACACAGAAUGUCCUCAAGACUGAUCAAAAAGCUAUCGACCGUCACCUGUCAAAGAAUAAAUUACUCGUUCGUGAUCGUAUUAAUAAACUUGUUGAUCCAAACUCACCAUUUCUCGAAUUAUCACAACUUGCUGGAUAUGAAAUGUAUGGAAAUGAUGUUGUCAAUUCUGGUGGUAUUGUCGCUGGUAUCGGAAGAGUUAGUGGACAAUUGGCAAUGAUUGUUGGGAAUGAUGCAACAGUUAAAGGAGGAAGUUAUUAUCCAAUUACUGUAAAGAAGCAUUUAAGAGCACAAGAAAUUGCUCAGGAGAAUAGAUUGCCAUGCAUCUACUUGGUUGACUCAGGUGGUGCAAAUCUUCCACGACAAGCUGAAGUUUUCCCAGACAAGCAGCAUUUUGGACGAAUUUUCUUUAAUCAAGCCAACAUGUCAGCUAUGGGAAUCGCACAAAUUGCUGUCGUUCUUGGAUCAUGUACUGCUGGUGGUGCUUAUGUUCCUGCUAUGGCUGAUGAAUCAAUUAUUGUUAAGAAUCAAGGAACAAUUUUCCUUGCUGGACCGCCAUUGGUAAAAGCAGCAACAGGCGAGGAAGUAUCUGCUGAAGAUUUAGGUGGUGCCAAGCUACAUUGCAGAGUAUCUGGUGUGACUGAUCAUCUUGCUAAUGAUGAUGAACAUGCUUUGUAUUUGGCACGACAAGUAAUGGCGAAUUUGAAUGUUCCAUCCACAAACAGCUACAAUGACAGUUUAAGAUUUGAUUAUGAAGUGUCAAGGAACUUUGCAGAUCCAGCAUUAGGUGGUGGAAUUGAAGAGCCAAUUUAUGAUCCAUCAGAACUUUAUGGAAUUGUCAAUUCACAAUUGACAAAGAAUUUCGAUAUUCGUGAAGUCAUUGCUAGAAUUGUUGACGGCUCAAGGUUCCAGGAAUUUAAAAAGUUCUAUGGUGAAACUCUUGUUUGUGGAUUUGCUAAGCUUUAUGGCAAUACAAUUGGCAUAGUUGGAAACAAUGGUGUACUUUUUAGUGAAUCAGCACUUAAAGGUUCACAUUUCAUUCAACUCUGCUCACAACGUGGAAUUCCUUUAUUGUUCCUACAAAACAUUACCGGAUUCAUGGUUGGUCGUGAAGCUGAAUCACAAGGAAUUGCCAAGAAUGGUGCUAAAAUGGUUAAUGCUGUUGCAACAGCUAAUGUUCCUAAAUUAACUCUUAUUAUUGGUGGAUCAUAUGGUGCUGGAAAUUAUGGAAUGUGUGGGCGUGCGUACUCACCAAGAUUCCUUUACAUGUGGCCAAAUUCAAGAAUUGCUGUUAUGGGUGGUGCACAAGCUGCUGGUGUUUUGGCACAAAUUACUGAAGAUCAAUUCAAGCGAUCAGGCAAACAAUGGACACAAGAAAUUGCUGAUAAGAUAAAGGCACCAUUGAUUAAGCAAUUUGAUGCUGAAAGUUCAGCUUAUUACAGUUCAGCAAGAUUGUGGGAUGAUGGAAUUAUUGAUCCAAUGGAUACUAGAAAGGUACUUGGAUUGUCUCUUGCUGCUGCACUUAAUGCUCCAAUUCAACCAACACGUCAUGGUGUGUUCAGAAUGUAAAUAUGGUUUUUGAUGGUUUUGGUGCCUAAGAAUUUAUCGAAUUUUUCAACGAUAUCAAUCAUCGACUAGAUAAACUAAAAUACAAAAUUAAUUUUGUUGCAUUUAUUAGAGAUUUAAGAUUGACAUGAAUUUAUUGCAUUUAUUUUAUUUUUUUUUGUUAAUGUUCAACAUGUGGAUAAUAUUAUAGUACAAGG